AUGGGCCGGCUCCCUACUCCCCUGUUCUUCUUUCUCUGUUCGAUCCUUUCUUCUCAUUUCUCUCCCUCUAUUGGAGGUGACACCCUAACCCCAGCCCAACCCCUCGCCGACGGUCAUGAGUUGAUCUCUGCUGGAGAAAGAUUUGUCUUAGGCUUCUUCAGCCCUGUCAAUAUUAACAGUCGUUAUGUUGGCAUAUGGUACAAGGUCUCACCUUCUACCGUCGUGUGGGUUGCCAACCGCCAGCACCCAAUCUCCGAGCGCAACGGCAGCCUAUCGAUCGACACCAAUGGAACUCUCAUCAUCACCGACCAUAAUUCUAAACCCAUCUGGUCCUCAGGCUCAUCGGGCCUCACCAAUCCAGUUGCACAACUCUUAGACGACGGGAAUUUCAUCAUUAAAGAGGCUAAUGGUGACGGUAAUGUUCCAAGGAGCUUUGCAUGGCAGAGCUUCGACUAUCCAACCGACACUCUGCUCCCAGGAAUGAAGUUGGGGUGGAACAUAACGAGUGGCUUCAACCGUAAUCUCACAUCAUGGAUUAGUCCUAGUGACCCAACGCCGGGCUCCUACUCCAUGGUUUUGGAUGUCCAUGGUGACCCCCAGGUAAUCGUGUGGAAAGGCUCAGACAAGCAGGGGCGCACAGGGCCAUGGAACGGGCAAACAUUUAGUGGCAUGCCGGAUUUUAGCCCUGACUUCGUACUGGACUUUGUCAUGAACAACGAGGAGGUCUUCUACAUGAACAACACCACCAACACGUCGAUCAUCGGGAGGCUUCUUCUGUACUACACCGGUGUGGUCGUACGCCUUGUUUGGGAUGAUGCCACCCAAAUGUGGAGCACCUUCGCGUUAGAGCCGAAGGACACAUGUGAUAUGUGGUCACAAUGCGGGUCUUAUGGGGUUUGUAACUAUGACAACUCACCGAUAUGUAGUUGCUUGCAGGGGUUUAAGCUUAGGUCGUCGAGAAAUUCAGAUUUUAGAGAUGGAUGUACGAGGAUGACGGAGCUAGACUGUCAGAACGGGACGGAUGGUUUUGUGACAGUAAAAGAAGUAAAGCUGCCGGACACAUCGAGAUCAACGGUGGAUAGGAGCAUCAGACUGCAUGAGUGUAGGAAUUCGUGCUUGAGGAAUUGUUCAUGCACCGCCUAUGCGAGUGCUGAUAUCAAUGGAACCGGCUGCGUAAUUUGGACAACGGAGCUCACUGAUAUUAGUGCGCAUUCCUUUCUUGGACAAGAUCUCUAUGUCCGACUAGCGGCGGCCGAUCUAGAUCCAACCCAAUCCGAUUGGAUUGGUACCACGGUUGGGAUUGUGGUGGGCUCUGUUUUGGGGCCUCUAUUGGUUGCUUCAGUGGGUGUUUGCAUUUGGAUAAAGAGAAGGAGAAGAACAGGUAAAGCUAGUGCCAUUUCCUUCGCUAGUCACCGCAAACAAAAGGAAAGCAAGGACUGGGAGCUUCCUUUAUUUGAUUUGGGAACAAUAAUUGCUGCGAUCAACAACUUCUCAAUCGAAAACAAGCUUGGACGGGGUGGCUUCGGCCCCGUGUACAAGGGAAAGCUUGGGGAGGAGCAAGAAAUAGCAGUGAAGAGGCUUUCAAAGACAUCGGCACAAGGCACUGAUGAAUUCAUGAAUGAAGUGACGCUGAUUGCCAAGCUUCAGCACCGAAAUCUAGUUCGGCUUCUAGGUUGCUGCACUCAAGGAGAGGAAAGGAUGCUGGUAUAUGAAUACAUGCCUAAUAAAAGCUUGGACGCCUUCCUAUUUGAUAAAGAUAGAGGUGUAUUAUUGGAUUGGCAAACCCGCUACAACAUUAUAGAAGGGAUUGCUCAAGGUCUUCUCUACCUGCAUCGAGAUUCUAGACUUAGAAUUAUUCACAGGGAUCUCAAAGCUAGCAAUGUUCUUCUUGAUAAAGAUAUGAAUCCAAAGAUAUCAGACUUUGGCUUGGCAAGAAUAUUCAGAGGGGAUGAGAUAGCAAUAAAUACUCGAAGAGUUGUAGGGACGUAUGGAUACAUGUCUCCAGAGUAUGCGAUGGAUGGUGUCUUCUCCGUGAAAUCUGAUGUUUUUAGCUUUGGUGUCUUAGUGCUUGAAAUCAUUAGUGGCAAAAAGAACAGGGGGGUUUCUGUAUCCGAGCACGAAGGAAACCUUCUAGCACAUGCAUGGAGUUUAUGGACGGAAGGUAAUGCCUCGGAACUAAUAGAUAAAUCAAUCAGCAACUCGACUUCCAUGGUUGAAGCCGUGAACUGUAUAAAGGUUGGGUUAUUGUGUGUUCAAGAAAGUCCAAGAGACAGACCGACGAUGUCCUCCGUGGUACUGAUGUUGGGUAGCAGGAAUGCAUCCUUGUCAGAUCCAAAACAUCCUGGCUUUUUCCAAAUGAGAGCACGCUCUGAAAUCGAGUCAUCAAAAGGCAAGACAGACUCAGCAAGUAUAAAUGAAUUAUCAUUGACAACAGUUGAAGGUCGAUAAUUAAUAGAUCG